AUGGAAAUACAAAAAUUGAUUCAAACACGUUCAAACGUGCAAAGUGUCCAGGAAAUAUCAACUCCAAGUGUUUCUGAUCAAGUGUUUAAUAAUUCUUUCCAAUUUUCUCAUACUGUUUUCAUCUACGAGUUUAUUUAUUUAGAAAUAAAUAAAAUCAUGACUUCAGAAGAAUUAGGACCUAAAAAAUGGCUUCGUUGUAACAAUUGUUAUAUUCUGAUGCAAGAUUGCAAAGCUCCAUUCUUGCUUUCGUAUUGCAGUCACAUUUUUUGCCCUAAAUGCGUUAAAAAAGUUACCAAAAAAUGUCCACAAUGUAAUGCACAAAAUCUUCGUACAAUGCCAUUAGUGGAACCUUUGAGACCUGAAGUAAAGCAUUGCUUUGAAUCAGUUGAAAAUCUUCAUGACAAAUUUUCACAAGCUAUUACUUUUCAAACUCAACAAUUAUCGAUAAAUAAUAAACGUUUUUCUGCUGUUGAUAAAAAAUAUUUUCGCGCAAAAGUGGAAUAUCAACAAAGUUGUAAUGAUUUUAAAAAUUCGCAAAAAAGAAUUCAAGAACUCGAAAGUGAAUUAAAAUUAAUGCAGAAAAAAUUAUAUGAAUUUGAAGAGGCUCAUAUAAAAAUGCACCAUAUGCUGAAUCCCUCUGAGAUAUUUACACCACAAUCUUUAAAUUCAAGUGUAGAUAGUAAUUUAAGUUUUCCGAAUCAUAGUGGCAGUGAUGUUCAGUCUUUUGCUAAAAACAAAUCUUUUCAAAAUACAAUAUUAACGCCUUUAACGCCAGCGAAACUUAAACAAAUGGAUUUGAUGAACUCGAAAUUUCGCAUUCCAUCAAGGACAAAAGUUCCUCGUUCUGUCGUUAGUUCUUCGAAAAAUUCUUGUGACUCUUCACUAAAAACACCUUUCACAGAUUUUUCUCCAUUUAUUAAUCGCCGAAUAUAAAACCACAAUUUGGUGAAUAUUUGAAGAAGCUAAGAGUUAAGAUUGUUUUGUUUUUUUUUUUUUUUGUUAAAGUUUCAGUUAAUUUAAUUAUUAAUUAUUUAAAUUGAUUUUAAGUUUAUUUAAUUAAUAAUAUUCAUUAAACAUUGAAUUAAUUGUUUAAAUAUAAUUAAUAGUUAAUCUCAUUCUGUAGUUCAAGUUUCAUUUUUUAAGAACAAAACUUUUAUGGGAAAUUUUUCUUGACAAAUGUUUAAUUAACAUUUAUAUUUUAUUUCAAUGUAAAAAAUUAAUUUU